UUGUCAACUGCCAUCCAUAAAAGUUGAUUUUUUUGUCGAUAGAGAGCGCCACCGUUGGCAGUUUUCCAUAAAUAGAAAAUUAUUUUUAAUUUAGCUUAUCAUCAACCGUUUAGAUCGACUGGCGUCUUAUUAUCAGCCUAAUAUAAUUUGGAAAAUUACUUUAAAAUCCAGUUUUUGAAACUGUCCGCCAGAGGGACGACAGUUGCCUAAUGUCACUGGGAAAGAUCAGUCACUAAAAAUUUAUCACGAAGAAAGAAAUAUGUCGGCGUGCUAGAGGAACUACACAGACAAGUUAUUUCUUGCAAGAAUCGGAUUUCUCUUUCUCUUCAGUAUUCCAAAUUUUGCAAGGCUUUUUUUUUGUUAAACUCGGACUUGAAAUAUAAUUAUUGUUAAUCAUGGCGACACACAUAAUCGGAAAACCAGAGUACAUAGUGGGUGGCAAAUAUCGUUUAGUUCGGAAAAUCGGCAGUGGCUCAUUUGGUGAUAUUUAUUUGGGAAUUAACAUAACGAACGGCGAGGAAGUUGCAGUUAAACUCGAAUCUAUCAGAGCAAGACAUCCACAGCUUCUCUAUGAAAGCAAGUUAUAUAGAAUACUUCAUGGAGGCAUAGGAAUUCCACAUAUCAGAUACUAUGGUCAAGAAAAAGAGCACAACGUCCUUGUCAUGGACCUAUUGGGUCCCUCGCUCGAAGAUCUCUUCAAUUUUUGCUCGAGACGGUUCACCAUCAAAACAGUACUCAUGUUGGCAGAUCAAAUGAUCGGUAGAAUUGAGUAUGUCCAUUGCAAAUCGUUCAUUCAUCGUGACAUCAAGCCCGACAAUUUCCUUAUGGGAAUCGGACGUCAUUGUAACAAGCUCUUCCUGAUUGAUUUCGGAUUGGCCAAAAAAUUCAGAGACGCUCGUACACGUCAACACAUUAUGUACAGAGAGGAUAAGAAUUUAACUGGAACUGCCAGAUAUGCAUCCAUAAAUGCACAUUUGGGUAUCGAACAAUCCCGACGAGACGACAUGGAAUCCUUGGGUUAUGUCCUAAUGUACUUCAACAGGGGCUGUUUGCCCUGGCAGGGCCUGAAAGCUGCGACCAAAAAACAGAAAUACGAGAAAAUCAGCGAAAAAAAGAUGUCUACUCCUGUAGAAGUACUUUGCAAAGGCUUCCCCGCUGAAUUCUCCAUGUACCUAAACUAUUGCCGUGGUCUGAGAUUUGAAGAGGCUCCCGACUACAUGUACCUCAGACAAUUGUUCCGUAUCCUGUUCCGUACGCUGAACCAUCAAUACGAUUACACCUUCGACUGGACCAUGCUAAAACAGAAAGCGGGAGCUGCAGGUACUGGCACCGCUGCUGUGGGACAAGGCCAACCGCAGGCGCAAACGUCGCAGGCUAUUGGCACGCACAUUCAGCCUGGUAAUCGUUAAUGCAAGUACCGUCUCAGACCACCAACGCAUCGACUGGGCUAAUGCCAACCAUCCAAAACAUUGGUCAAAAUGGAUCCACCUUCCAAUUUAAUUUUUGUUUGAAUUUUGAGCUUAUUUUGGGUAACUGGUAAAUUUGAAGUUGUUAUUUUUUCACACAAAUAAUUAUUAUUCUCUAACAUAAAAUGUACCACAAUCCCAUCGAUUAUUUGAUUUUAUUAAACCCUCGAUUAAUCUUGGGUUUGUAUAGAGGCGUACUGCCGACCCCUAUAUUAUUAGAAAACAAAUAAAAUCAUUUAAAAAAAACUACUAAAAAUAUUUUGUUUAGUGUACGCAUAUUAUAGAAUUUAGUUUCAAUAUAUAUUUGAUGCGAGCAAUUAUUCUAAUAUGAGUUUUGUGGGGAAUGCAAAAAUUCAAGUCAAAAUAUGCAACACUCAAAAUUGAUUCUGGUUGUGAGAAUGCCAGAAUUAAAAGAAAAAAUGCUAAAUAUAAGUAAAGAGUGAGAAGUGCGUGCGUGAUUGCAAGUCUGGCUGUUCUUAUUUAAUUAAUAAUAAUUAUAAAACAAAUAUUUACCCUUGCCUCCGAAUGUUUGAGAAAAUAUAGACGCCUGUCUAGAAUUUAAAAGCUGUUCACGAGGCAAGAGUGGAAAAAAAAAAUUGCAAAAAAAUCUCCCAAAAAGAGUUUUUAGGAUUAAAGUUAUAAGUAAAAAACUCACAGGGGAGUUUAAAUGUGCAGCGAUAGCGAAUAAAUAUCGCCGACUUUUGAAUGUGUGUCAUGGAACUAGGUUUAAAUUUUAAAAGAAGUAGGAUGCGUUAUGCGUUACACUUGAGUAUUUAAAUUUGAAUAACAGAACAGAUGUUUGAAUUAAUUUAAUUGUUAAGCCAGUCUGAGAAAAUUUGAUACCAAAAGGUACAUGCUCUUAAUUGGGUAUUGUUUAUUUUUGCUGAAUUAGUCUGAGUGAAAUUAUGGUUUCUUAGGCCCGAUUUAUUCAUCUUCAGAUAAACUUGCUGGUAGCUAUCUGCAAGAUUCUUCUAUAAUAAUUCUAUUGGUUGGCGCAUAACUGUCAGAUUGCAUGCCUGGCAGUUUCUCAGAAGGUGAAUAACGGGCCCUUAAUGGCAUAAGUCAUGAGAGUGUUAAUUUUCUUUUGAUAACAUACAUAAAACAGUUUUUAAUCUAAAAUGCUCAAGUCAACGAUUAUAGGAAACCAAAUAUUUACACUAAAAUCAGAAGGAUAUUUUAAUGGACUACUGCGGAAGCAAAGCAUUUUAUAGAUUUAAAUAGUUGCAAUGUUUAUUUGUUAUUGUGAAACACAAUGCAAAUUAUGUCUUUACAAAUAUCCCAUCGAAUUUGUGAUAUUUGUCUGGGCGUGAAUUAGGUUGUUGAAAAAUUAACCUGUGAUUGUUUUGAUUUCUCCUAAAUCCCGUUCAUAAGUUUAAGGGGCCCUAUUUGUAUAUUUAUAGCUUUAAGUAAAACGUAUAUUGUCGUACUUUGUGUUGCAUAUUUUACUAAUUUUUUUUUAGUACUGAUUUUUGUAAAAUAUGCACAAGCAAAAAUGAGAUAAUUUAUAUACCCAAGUGGGGCGGUUUUUUUUUUGAGGUUUGAAUUUUUGUUCCUCGAUGAAGUUAAAUCGAGGACAAAAUUGGUGUGUUUGAAUGAACGAACUUACUAUGUAUGUAACUCUCUAAUUUUAUAUUCGAUAUUUUUGUUUUGUUAACAAAUGUAGCAAUUAAACGUAAAAAGUUUCCGUCUCUACCCCCUUGAUUUACACCUACUUUUAUUAUUUUGUAAGUCGUAUAAUUAACUACUAUAGUUAAGUGCAUUGAAAAUCGACGGAAACCUCAAAAAAAGUAAAUAAAUAAAAAAAAUGAAAUAAUAAGUAAAUUAAUGUGUAAAAGUAUAAUAAAUAGGCCAACUUGUAAAACUAUCUCGAUUGUUAUAUGAGUUCAGUGUAAUAAUAAUUAAUAAUUUCUCAUCAGUUAUUCUUAGUAAUAAAUUAUUAGUUUAUUUUUAGGCUGUAACGCCAGGAUAUUUUUAAGUUUUUUUUUGUAACUUGAACAGUUUCAAAACUGUUGAGUUAUUACAGAAAUAAAACGUCUCAAAAAAUA